UACCUACCGACCAAAAAAGCAUUCGUAGGUAUCCCUCGCUGAUAGUUUACCUUACCCGUUUCAACACAAAGUUGAAGACAAUUAUUCACCCAUAAACCCACCGCGGCGACCAUAUUUUCGCCUCAUAUCAACCACAAAAUCACCCCCUACCUCAACAUGUGUGUCGUUGCCCCCCAUAGUUCUUAUCCUCGCUCCGCCUCUACACCCCCUCUCUCCCUCCCUCCACCCACUUCGGGGCUUGAUAAACCAAACACUACACCAUUGCGCUGUGGUCACACCACAUGCGCGAACGGUGUCCCCACAGCGUACCGCGUGCUGCACUGGCGCGACCAUGACGCGUCAACGUGAACCCACCCUAACCCCUCUCGCGACCUUGACCUUGCUUCUGGUCUUCGCUAUGACCUCGCAAGUGACCUCUGCGCAGUACUCUCCCACUUGGAAGUCCCUCGAUGCGCGACCGCUUCCUUCGUGGUAUGAUGAAGCAAAAGUGGGGAUUUUUCUCCACUGGGGUGUCUACUCAGUGCCAAGUUUUGGUGAUGAGUGGUUUUGGACCCGCUGGAAGGACCCGUUCGACCCGCAGCACGCCAAGUUCGCCGAGUUUAUGAAGAAGAAUUAUCGUCCGGGAUUCACGUAUCAGGAUUUUGCUGCGCAGUUCACGACGGAGCUGUUUGACCCCGACCACUGGGCUGAUCUGCUGCAGAAAUCUGGUGCCAGGUACGUCGUUCUGACAUCCAAGCACCACGAGGGCUACACCCUGUGGCCCUCUGCUGUCUCCUGGAACUGGAACUCGAUGGACGUUGGACCCAAGCGUGACCUCGUCGGCGACCUAGCCUCUGCCGUGCGCAAUCGCACCGACCUCCGCUUCGGCGUCUACCACUCCCUCUACGAAUGGUACAACCCGUUGUACAAGAACGACCGCUACUACAACCGAAGCGACUUCGUGACAAUGAAGACGAUGCCGGAGUUGAAGGAACUGGUGGAAAGGUACCAUCCGGAGGUUAUCUGGUCUGACGGAGACUGGACUGGCAUGCCCGAAUACUGGCGUUCCCAAGAGUUUCUUGCGUGGCUCUACAAUGAUUCUCCGGUGAAGGAAAGUGUUGUGACGAAUGACCGCUGGGGGUCGGGAACAAAUUGCAAACAUGGCGGUUACUAUACCUGCCACGACGGUUACAACCCUGGUACCCUACAGGAUCACAAGUUUGAGAAUUGCUUCACACUCGACGGCGCUUGGGGAUAUCGGCGAGACUCUCCUCUGGCCAGCUACAAGUCUAUUGAAAAUACCCUCUACCAAGUGAUCUCCACCGUAAGCUGUGGAGGUAACGUGCUGAUCAACGUCGGACCGACCAAAGACGGAAUCAUCAUGCCCAUCUUCGAAGAACGCCUCACGCAGCUAGGAGAAUGGCUGGGUCUAAACGGAGAAGCCAUCUAUUCCUCCAAGCCGUGGACGGUGCAGCAUGAUCCAACCAAUAGCGACGUAUGGUACACGCAGCGAGGAGGAUAUGUCUACGGCAUUUCUCUCAAGUGGCCCACGGAUGGGUUUAUCACGAUGGGAUCGGCACCCAAUGUGACUGAGUGUCGUCUGUUAGGGUAUGAUGGGGUGCUGGAGGUGGAGAACGGGAGGGUAAUGCUCCCUCCCCUGCAGAAGGUGAAGAGCCAGUGGGCCUGGGUGUUUAAGUUCGAACCCUGAGUAGAAAACAGGCUGUAGGUCAACGAUGGGUAGCGAGCGAAUGAAGAUGUGAUGCUCUAGAACUUACAACGUAAUCUCCACGAUCAAAUGUUUAUAUGAAAGAGACGUGAGAGAUCAACAGAUAAGAUAUCGUGCAAGAUGUAAACAAGAAGUGCUGCCAAAAAAAGAAGCUUAUGUAAAAUCGCCAAAGUUCCUGAAAAUAAAAGGUGUUGAACGAUGAAGAAGAGUAAAAAAUAAGUGGUGUCAUCAUUUGAACUCAGUUGGCGAAACAGAAUAUAACAAAUCGCUUGCUGA